CCGGAAAUAGCCGGUCGUCCUCCGUUUUCUCCAAACCCUAUGCUCACCACAGUCUCUAUCUAAAGAUUUUCUUGUGUGUGAAUUUGCGUUUUUGUGUGUCUGAAUUUGCGUGAAGUGAGCACCCCUUCACCCCUUCACGUAUCCCCGCUAACCUGCGCAUCUCUACAAUAUUUCCAGCCGCAGUAGUAGUAGUAGUAGUAGUAGUAGUAGAAGAUCAUUAUAACCUUCCAUUUCAUCGUCACCACAUCUCUGCCUCCUACUCGCAGUCAUUCUCUCUCUCUCUCUUAAAUUACCCCAAAUUAUUAAUCCUCUCUCUUCUAUUUGUUCAUGUGUCUUUUGAAGUGUUGAAAGUUGAUUAAGCUUUGUGGGUUUUUUCUGAGCUAUUUUUGGGUUUUGGCUAUGGCGGAAGGGUUUGAGCCGUACCAUGUCCCGCAACAAAGCAGGAGAGAUAAGCUUCGGCACGUGGCUCAAACCCACUUCGGUGCUGGUUGUGUUGAUUCAGGCUUAAUUCCUCUCUACGAUCCUUCACUACUCUCUUCAGAUUUGCUCACUUGCGCCCCUCCAGUUGGAGUACUGAAAGAGGGAGGAGUGAAUGGUAAUUUGAUGGGUUUUGUUUCUUCAACCUCACAACACCACCCUUUCUUGGAUCCACAAUCUUCACUCCCUAUAAACCCUUAUUUUUAUCAGAAUUUUCAAAACCUGAGAAGUAAUUAUGACCACCAGUCAUAUAAUGGGCAUGGUGAUACCACCAGUACCAGUACUGGUCAAGGAUUGUCUCUAUCUCUCUCUUCUCAUCAUACCCACCAUAGCAAUCUUCCUCUAGAGCUCAAUUAUAUGGUUCCAGCUGGUAUAAUUGGUGGUGCUGGCAGUGGUUCUGCUUCUAAUGAGGUUUCCAGAAGCUCGGUUCCUCUCGGACCGUUUACCGGUUAUUCUUCGAUUUUGAAGGGGUCGAAAUUCUUGAAGCCUGCGCAGCAAUUGAUGGAGGAGUUGUGUGAUGCUGGUCGAGCAAUUUAUGCCGAAAAGAUUGCCCCCGAUUCGGCUCUGAUGGAACCUUCGAUGGAUAGUAGUGGGGAUCUGCUUAGUUGUCUCGAUGGGAGCGAGAAUCGGCGAAAGAAGUCCAGGCUACUCUCAAUGCUAGACGAGGUUUACAGGAGGUACAAGCAAUACUAUCAACAGAUGCAGGCAGUGGUGGCAUCAUUUGAAUACGUGGCUGGCCUAAGCAAUGCAGCUCCUUAUGCUAACUUGGCUUUAAAAGCCAUGUCUAAACACUUCAGGUCCUUGAAAAAUGCCAUCACUGACCAGCUUCAGUUCAACAAUACGGCCCAAGGUCCAAUAAGCAAUGGUAAAGAUGAAGUCCCUCGGUUCGGGAACUCUGAAAGAGGCAUUUAUGGCCAGAGGCCCAUUCACAGCUCAGGCUCAUAUGAUCACCAACCUGUGUGGCGACCCCAAAGGGGGCUUCCUGAACGUGCUGUUUCUGUUUUAAGGGCAUGGUUAUUUGAACACUUCCUGCAUCCUUAUCCUACGGACACCGACAAGCUAAUGUUGGCCAAACAAACUGGUCUAUCAAGGAGCCAGGUUUCUAAUUGGUUCAUCAAUGCAAGAGUCAGGCUCUGGAAGCCAAUGGUUGAGGAAAUACACAUGCUAGAGAUGCGGCAAGCUCAAAAGGCUUUGCCAAGAGAGGAUCGAAAUGCCAACAGGUCAAGUGAUAAUAAUAUAGCUUCAUCGAACUCGCUUGUGUCCGAAAACCCAUCCACAUCCACCCAGAGAUUUCAUGAUAACCCUCCUUCGAAACACGGUAGAAAUGAUUUUGCGCCUCCACCUGUGGAGAGCGAGGAGGCACUGAACUUGUCUUACCAUAAUCUAUCAGGCCAUCAACAUAUGGGUGUUAGUGUAGGCAUGGCAGUUGGUAGUGGGGUGUCCCUAACACUUGGUCUCCACCAGAAUAACGGGAUCGGUUUAUCGGAUUCUUAUCCUAUAAAUGCAGCUCAACGAUUUGGUCUCGAGGGAAGUAAUGAGGGAUAUGUUAUGGGUAAUUUUGUACAAAAUUGACAGUUUGGAAGUGGCAUUGCUGUGGGGAAACUUCUGCAUGAUUUUGUUGGCUAGCCGAACCUGUCUCGAUACUCAGAAGCUGUUAGGGGAACCUGAAGGGUCGAAUGGUUUGCCCCAGACGAGUUGGUGUAAUAUGCUAAUGGGUGAAGAAGCAGCGUAUAUCAUAUACAUUAAAUAUAAUCAUGCAAGAAGAAUCAUGCAAGAUUGAUGUAAAAUUUCUGUAUAUCUACAAUUAUAUUGUUUAGAAAUGAUAUGAUCAUCAAGAGGCCAAUCGACUAAAGCGUGAACUGGCUGUAGAUUGUCCUCUCCCUUGAUAAUGAGACCCAAUUUUU